AUGGCAGUUGUCGAUGGAAAUGUGGUUGCAAUAAAUCCGGCGGAUGAACCGCGGACGCAUAUGUAUAUAUGGAAUAACAUAUUCUUUUCGCUUGGGUUUGAUGUCAAAGAUCACUACAAGGAAUUGGGAGGUGAUGCAGCUGCUCAUGCGGCAACAUCGAAUGAUUUGCAAGGUGUGCGAGCUUAUGCACAGCUUGAUAAUGCAAAACUUUUUACUUUGGGCAUGGUCAUAGUUGACUACAAGGGGUUCCGAGUGACUGCGCAAUCAAUUAUACCAGGUAUUUUGGAGAGAGAACAGGAACAAAGUGUUGUUUACGGGUCGGUUGAUUUUGGUAAAACAGUUGUCAGCUCUGAGGAAUAUCAUGAUUUAUUAUCGAAGCCAGCAGAGCAAUUGAAAAUUUUACCUCAUGAAGUUUACAAUGGCAAGGAUGAUGGAAAAAUCAUUAAACUAUGUUCAUCUUUUGAAACUAAAGGUAUUGUUGGAAACGAUUUGCGGCAUUAUAUUUUAGAUCUGUUACGAACUUUUCCACCAGAUGUAAAUUAUCUUGAAGAUGCGGAAGUAACGGAUAUUUGUAAGGCAAAUGGAUAUCCACGUGCAUUUCCACAUAAGCUUGCUUCCCUGAGGCAGGAACUAAUUGAGGCUUUCGUCGAGUGUCGUUAUUUGAUGUUUAUUCGUAUAGCUGCAUAUCACGUGCAGCAAACUAGGCUGGGAUUGUUAGCGACGGAAGAUGAUGAUGGUACGAAUGAAGCGAAACAGAAGGAAGAUGCGAUUCUAAAAGUGGACAGAUUUAGCGAGACAAUGCAAGAAGAUGCAAUUAUAAAUCAAAUCAAGAGUGAAAUAGUUGCUGAUAUGAAAGUUGAUGAAAUGCCAUUACUGGAAACUGAAACAGCUAAAAAAAUUAUGAAAGAAGCUAUUGAUAACGAUGAAAAAAAAGCUGACGGAUUGGAUAAAGAAAUAUCGGAGCAGAUAAUGGCAAAGGCAGCAAAAGCAGUAGGAUCAAUUCGUACAGAUGCAUUUGAUAUUAGAUUUAAUCCUGAUUGUUAUUGUUCAACGGUACGUCAUGCCGAGAAUGAAGAUAUUGCAAAGCAACGACGUUUGGUAGCUGAAGCAGCUGAAUUUUUAAUCGUACAGCAAUUGCCAAAUUUCGUUCGUGACUGUUUACAACGUACGAUAAUGCCAUUGGAUGGUGCAUCGCUUAGUGAUUCGUUACAUUCACGCGGUAUUAAUAUCCGAUAUUUGGGUAAAUUGACACAAUAUAUUCAAAGUAUUCAACGGUUAACUUAUCUUAAAGUGAUCUGUAUUACUGAGUUGUUAUGUCGAUGUGCAAAACAUAUCUUCCGUAGUUAUCUGCAACCUGUGUCAUCAGCGCAUACGGCAACAGCAGUAUCACAUUUCCUGAAUUGUCUCCUGAGUCCAUCAACUGAACCUAUAACAUCGUCUAAUGAGGAAAUGUCACUGUCAAUAAUUGGUGUCAAAAAAUCACGGUCAUCGAAACGUCGGAAGCAGAUCAACAAUGGUGGUAAAGAAAAUGAUGACUGGGUUCAAAUGUCAUCGAAUAGGCUUUGGGAACGUGUGAAGUCAGAUGCUGAUUUUUAUUAUGCAUUUAAAAUUAAUGAAGAAAAUGUUGAUGCAUAUUUAUCCACAACUGGAAUUCAAAAAAUUUCGUUUUUACGCCGUUUUGCACAAAUAGUUGGAAUUCAGAUGCUUUUGCGGGAUUAUAAUUUAGAAGCAGGGAAAAAAUCUCAGUUGUUCGUUGAAGAUGAUAUUCAGGGUUUGUAUUGUCAAGCGAAACAUGUUGAUCCGAAAGCUGUGGAUGCUCAUAGUUUGUUCCUUUCUGGGCAAACUAAAGUACAGCAAGGUCAUUUACGUGCUGGAUUUGAUUUAGUAUUAGAAUCUCUAAAUCUGAUGAAUACUGUAUACGGUGCGAUGCAUUCCGAUAUGGUGAAAUGUAUGCGUUUACUUGCUCGUCUUUCAUAUAUCCUUGGUGAUCCACCUGAAGCGUUAUCACAACAGCAUAAAGCAACAUUGAUGAGUGAGCGUUGUAAUGGCUUGGAUAGCGCUAAUACUGUUAUCGAAUAUUUGAAUCUCGCUCAUUUCUCAUUUGCAAAUCUUCAUAUUGCUGCUGCACUGAAAUUACUCUAUCGAGCGCGUUACCUAUUAUUGCUUAUUCAUGGAGAAAAUCAUCCAUUCAUGGCCGAAAUAGAUGGUAACAUUGGUGUAAUACUGUAUGCCGUGCAAGAAUUCGAUGAUGCAUUGAAAUUUCUACAAAAUGCCCUGAAAUUGCACCAAACUUACAUGGAACCACAAACUUUGAAGACAGCGCUUAUAUAUCAUUUGCUAGCAAGGACUUAUUCAUGCCGUGGCGAUUUCCGCACUGCCCUACAAAUGGAAAGGGAAACAUUCACAAUUUAUUCAAAAACCUUUGGCAAUGAUCAUGAAAAGACCAAAGAGAGCAGUGAAUGUUUGAAACAUUUAACGCAACAGGCUGUUACUUUCCAAAAACGUAUCAAUGAAGCUAAUCGGCAAGGUUCUAACAACAUUGGACAGCUUCUUCCCGUUGAGAUUCAUCGUCCGUCAUUACAUAGUGUACUAGAAAUAUUAAAUAUAUUGAAUGGAAUAAUAUUUAUACAACUCAGAGGUAUUUCAACAUCGUCGGAAGUUAAUGAAGGAAAUGACGAAUUGGAAAAUAGCAUUAACAAUAAUAAGAUAUUGGAAGAUGCGACAAGUAGCAUUAAAAAAAAUGAAAAUAGUGAUGACAUAGCAGUAGUUUCGUCACGAUCACAGAUGGAUAAUAUUAGCGCAAUUGUCAGUGGUAGCAGCACCGCACAAACCAUGCAAGAAGUUGCCUUAGAUUAAAAAAGAAAAAAAUUUUAGGAAAAUUAGACAAAU